AUUUGUUAUAAAUACAAGACCCUGUCUCCAAUUCGCAUCACUCUUGAUCUGCCAAUUGAACAAGAACCAUGGCUCGUACCAAACAAACUGCCCGUAAAUCCACUGGAGGGAAAGCUCCUCGCAAACAACUGGCAACCAAAGCUGCCCGUAAAUCGGCCCCAGCCACUGGUGGUGUGAAAAAGCCGCAUCGUUACCGUCCCGGAACGGUGGCUCUUCGUGAGAUCCGUCGUUACCAAAAGUCCACCGAGUUGCUCAUCCGUAAGUUGCCUUUCCAACGUCUGGUCCGUGAGAUUGCUCAGGACUUCAAGACCGACUUGCGUUUCCAAUCGAGCGCUGUUAUGGCACUGCAAGAGGCCUCUGAGGCUUACUUGGUGGGUCUCUUUGAGGACACCAACUUGUGCGCCAUCCACGCCAAGCGUGUCACCAUCAUGCCCAAGGACAUCCAGCUGGCCCGCCGUAUCCGUGGGGAGCGCGCCUAAGAUGCGUGUCAAGCUAAAUCCAUCGGGACACGCAUUGUUAAGCAACAGGCCUUUUUCAAGGCCAAAACGAACGGCUUUUAAGGUUACAAGAAGCGGUAUUGGUCUAGGCAUUUAUGUCUCAUUGGUUGUGCAAUCGACUUCUGUUUGGUCCAUAAUGUUUUAUCCCUGCCCUGGCUGUGAAAUUUGUUUUGAUGUAUUGUGUUUAGUAUUGAUGCCCAAUGAUUUCUUUUUGCUGGUGCAUGCAAAUCCGAGGCUCAGAGCGAUGAACUCUGAGAAGCAGAACUAUGUCCAAUGAAAUCUCGAAUAUUUAUCAGAUAAUCCUUAGGGGUUAGUACUUUUGUUACAAAGUCUGUAGUGGCACACUUACUGUAAAAUCUUAUGAAUAUGUUGCCGUAACUACCCACAGUGGUCCAACGAUGUAUCUGAGAAUCGUUACAAUUUAACUAUACUGUCUUGAACCAAGACAUUUAUUAGGAAAAUUAUGCUCUCAAUGAACCGAAACCUAAUCUUAUAUAUAAGGGAAAGAAGAGCCUACAGUAAGCACUAGUCGCAAUUAAGUGACCCCACGGCUCAAUUUUGCCAUAUUUUAAACUAUUUUCCGUAGAGGUAGCUGAUAUUCCGGAAUUGUUAUAAUUUAUUUCGCUCUAAUCUUGAACCUUGAAAUAAUGAAAUUAAUGGCACAUUACUUCUACACUGAUAACAUGAAUGCGUCCGAGAGAAGGUCCAACUGAAGCAUGAAUUAGUUUUAAGCCAACACGCCAGGCUGAAUCUUCGUACCGGAUCCAUUUGCCCGCUAGAUCGGGUUGUCCGCCAAGUCGAGUUGUCCUGGAACCGCUUUUACGAUGGUCACGAUUACCAAUGGUAGCAAGACGCAUCGUUGCGGGUCCAACACAUAAUACGAACACAAUAUGCGAAGCAAAUCUUGAAUGACUGGAAACUAACUACCCUCCACCACCCACGACAUCUAUAACCCAAUAGUUGGAGUGAGUGUCCAUCAUGAGAACCGUUAAGCCAGUCUGAUUUGUAUGUUGUUCCCCUUACGAUAGCCAAGAUUAGAAGUAUUUCGUCUUCAUUUUAUCUGAUUAUAAUGGGACUAUAUUUCAACCUGAAUCACCACACUUUCAAAUUGGUACAAAUGAAUCGGAAGAUUUUGGGCUCACCUAAGCUCACAUGCAGAUGACUUCAAAAUUCCAGUCACAAUUGUUGUGAGGCAAUGCCCAAUCAUGAAUGAAAAUCAUUCUAAUAUCUUUCUUAUGCUUUUUUUUACACGGCAGUACUUGCAUUA